AUGUUCAAUCUACUUAGUUCCGGCGUACCGGAUACGCCCGUUGCGACGAGAGGCAGGGGGUCUGGUGGCGGUGGCGGCGGCGGCGGCCGUCGCCAUAGCGGAUCGGGCAAUGUCAACUCCGCCGCCAGUUCGGGCAGCGGGGCAGGCGGAUCGGGCAGCGGCGUCGGGUCCGUGACUGGCGGAGCUUCCAGCGGCUCACUUCUAGCCGGACGGCAAAAGGCCACGCACUACACCAAUGAGGAGUCUGUUGUUGUGGCGAGGGCGUGGGUUGCCGCCACAUCCGACCCCAUAUUGGGCACCGAUCAGAACGCGUUGAGCUUUUGGAAACGCGUCGUUGCGGCCUACAACGACUUCAAACCUCGUGGUGCCAGAUCGCGUGACGCGGAACAGCUCCGCAAGAAGUGGUCUAGGAUUCUGCCGCCCACCCGGAGGUUUGCGGGCAUAUACCAGAACAACCUACUCCAUGCGGAGAGUGGCUGA